AUGACAGAUGCACAUGUUUGUAAUCAAACUAUAGAAGAUGCAAAGCCCGUCGAACAUGUUACUAAUGAAGAUUGCACUUCCAAUGACUCCUUAAAUAUAGAACUGGAAUUGUCUUUAAAUACAGAGUUGAAGAUUGUGGAAAAUAACAAUGAUACAGUCCAAGAAAACCAAAAACUAAAUAGUAAUAAUAUUAAAACUAACGAUAAUUUGGAUAACUGUACAUAUGACGAUCAAAAUUUAGAAAAAGUUUUAAAUAAUAAACAAAAUGACAAAAUACUAAAAUAUAUCUAUAAAAAUAUAGACUCAACUACUAAGAAUAAAACAAAAGGUCACCCAAAAAACAGCUUGAAACGAAAGAAAAGAUCACUUUUAUCUGACUCCGAAAAUAGCGAUCACAGGCGACCACAAAGAUUUCAAUUAAAUGGUCACCAAACUGAAAGAGAAGAAUUAGCUGAGACUCCAAAGAAUAACCAGUUUAUAAAGCAUUCUGAUUUAGCUGAUUUUAAUAUUGAAACCCUUCAUGAAAACAUAAAGCCAUCUAUUGAUAUAUUGUUGCAAGAUAAACCAAGAUUUCCUCACCAAGAUAAGCGAAAAUAUAGUAACAAAAACUAUAAUCACGAUGAUAUUGAUAGUAAUGAAUCUAAUGGCAACGGAAAAAAAGAAUACAACGAAGAAACUAAAAAUACUAAAGACGAUAACAAUAAUUACGAUGAAAAGCGUGAUAUUUCUACAGAAGAAAACCUUGAGGGAAAUAGAAAAACCGAACCAUACGAUAGUAUUGAAAAUCUUGAGGAUAGUAGCAGGGAGCGUUCUGACUACGAUAAUAAGGACGCAUCGGAGAGAAACAUAAAUGAAAGUCAUGAAACUAUUGAUAAAAAUAAUAAAAAUAUACUAAAUAGCGAAAUUGACAAAAGUAAGGAGGACACGAAAAAAUAUAUAAAUGAGGAAAGUAACGAACGUGAUGUUUCACUCAAUAGAGAAAGUAUUGAAAAUCUACCAUAUAAAAUAGAUCAAAAUAAAAAAGGUCAAACGAAUCGCUAUGAUAUUGACGAAAGCAGAGAAUACGAUAGCACAAAAGAGGAUCUAGGUCAAAGUGACGAACACAAAGUGAGAGAUAGCAAAAUACACAAAGAAAGAGAGCAGCUUGAUGAUACAGAAUCCUUUGAAAAGGUUUUACCUACAAGUAAGGAUUUGUUAAGCAGUGAUAGACUGAAAAAUGAUCGUAACAGCGAAGAAGAUAAAAAUUCAAAUGAAAAUAAUUCCGAAAGUAUUGAGAAAUUUGAUGAAUUUGAAAAAACACAAGGGAUUGAUAAAGCAGAAUUGGGUUUGAACAAGAACAUUAAUAACUCAAUGAAGGAACAAAAAGCUGAGGAUUUCAGUUAUGAAAAUGUUAAUGAUAAAAUCAGUGAUAUUAAGGAUACUUCAGCAGAGAUUUUACCAGAUUCACAAACAACCUUAGAAAAACCUGAUACAUUAACAAAUAUAAAAAGCGCUUCAAUUGUCAACUAUACAAACGCAAAACAAGUCAAGAUAAAUGACGAUGAAAUUAAACCUGUUAUAGAACUUAAUAACGAAGACAAUACUUCUCAAAGCGAGGAAGAAAGCAAAGAAUAUAGAGAAAGAGGAGAAAUUGAACCAAGAGAAGAAUAUAGUAAAAACAAUUUGAAGAAUGCAGGUGUAAAAGAUUUACUUUCAACAUCUAAAACAUUAAAAGAAGACGUUAAAUCACAAUUCGAAAGAAUACCAGAAGACUAUAAGCAUACAAAUAUCGAAAGUGAUAGUACGGAGGAACCUCCAUCUCAUAAAAAUAACAAAGAAGAAGGGACUUUAGACAUAUUGACUCCAGAUAAUCAUGAGUAUGAUAAAGACUUAAAUAUCAAGUUCAGCGAUUUAACUAUUAAAUUACCUGAAAUUAAACUGCCUAAAGAUAUAUUAGCAUAUACUCGUGAGGAGGCAGAAGACGAUGACAAAGAUCAAAAAAGAAAAUCCGAAAAUACAGAAGAAGAGGAAGAUGAUGAAGAGGAAGAAGAACAUAAUGAAAACUCGAACUAUGAAGGAAAAAACAAAGACAAUUUUAAUAAAUUUUACUCCUACCCUAAAGAUGAGGAUUCAUCAGAAGAACCCCCAAAGAAAAAUAAGGGAUAUUUCAACUAUUUCGACAGUGGCGAAGACUUGUAUGAAAAAUUUGUUAGAGAGAGAUUUGGAAAAUCUGGUAAUUUAAAAUCGAGAUCUGAAAAGUUGAUAAAUUACGAACCUAUUAUGAAAAAUAAAGAUCUCUACAAAAGUGUACAGAAAGUUUUGAAAAGAACGAAUCAAAUAGAAAAAGAAGCCAAAGAUAGCAAAGAUCCAAAUUACAUGUGGACUUUAGAAUAUGGGGAGAAAUUAUAA